GCAUAUGAUCUAGCAGAAAGAUUCGUACCAUGUGCCGUGAGUUUUAUUGUUAUUUUAAAGAGAAAAUUUUUAUCAAAAAGAAAAAUCUCUACCUCCCUUUAUCUUAGAAGAAAUUUAAUUAUAAUGUUUCUUUUUACAAAAUCGGUAUUAUUUGUCUUCAUCGGCGCAUUUACAACGAUAUUUUUUUUUUAUAUUCAUUUUGCAUAUGUAUUGGAUAUAUCUUUGCAAUGGUUCUUUAACAAUGUUCAAGAUAUGCAACAAUACGAUUAUAUUGUUGUUGGUGCUGGUAGCGCUGGUGCAAUUUUGGCAACACAGAUAGCAGAGGAUAAACAAAGUGUAUUAUUGCUAGAAGCAGGUGGUGCUGCACCAUUUUUCCUCGAUAUACCACUUUUGGCACCAAUGAUUCAAAAAACUGCUUAUGAUUGGCAGUAUAUUACUGUUCCUCAAGAACACGCGUGUAAAGGUUUAAUAAACAAUCAAAGCAGAUGGCCUAGAGGUAAAAUUGUUGGAGGAACAAGUCGCUUAAAUUAUAUGGCUUAUGUAUUGGGACAUUGGCUAGAUUAUGAAACAUGGUUUCCAGAUUUUAUGGAGUCUGUUGCAGAGAAUAAUAAGUUAGUGAACAUUAGUGAAUUAAGAUGGAGCUCUGAUUUUGCUGAUGUGUUUUUGAAAGCAAUAAAAGAAUUAAAUCAUGAUAUAGGCAACAUGAAUUUGCGAUUGGAUACAGGUUUUAUGAAAGCUCAGUUUACAAUGGAAAAUGGUAGAAGGUGGAGUUCAGACAAAGUUUUACAUCAGAAAUGUAAUCAUCCCAAUCUGACCAUACUUACUUAUGCACGUGCCAUCAAGAUACUAGUGAAUUUUGAUAAGGUAGAAGGGAUUGAAUUUCUUAGAUUUGGUAAUAAAUAUAUAGCAAGAGCAGAAAAAGGAAUUAUUCUAAGUGCUGGUGCAAUUGAGAGUCCGAAAUUAUUAAUGUUAUCUGGAAUUGGACCAAAAAAGCACUUAGAGGAUUUGAAUAUUAGUGUGAUCAAUGAUUUGCCAGUUGGUCAGAAUUUGAUGGAUCAUGUUUUAACUGGUCUCGAUUUGAUCAUACUUAAUACAAGUCUUGGACUGAAUCUUUCUGACAUCUCUAAUCCUAUGUCAGCUCUUAAUUACUUUCUUUUUGGAAGAGGACCAUGGACAUCAGCAGGAGUCGAAGUAUUAGGAACUUUUCACAGCACUUUACAUACAAAUAAAACCACAAUACCAGAUUUGCAAUUAAUGGUAUUACCUCUUGGAGCAGCAAAAGAUUAUGGUUUCAUUCUUAAAAGAAUUAUGGGAAUUUCCGAUAAGGUUUAUAACAAAUAUUUCGCUUCUCUUUCGCACGAAAAUACAAUCACAAUCGCGCCUGUUUUACUACAUCCUAAGAGUAGUGGAGAAUUACAAUUGCAGAGCAGCAAUCCCUUUGAUGAACCGCUAAUUGAUCCGAAAUAUUUAUCAAACAAGGAGGAUAUUGACACUCUUAUAGAAGGAUUAUAUUUUAUAAAGAAACUUUUGAAGACAAAAGUUUUAAGAGCUUAUGAUGCAUCUCUCAACAGAAAACCUUUUCCUGGUUGCGAGAAUCAUACAUUUGACACCAAAGAAUAUUGGAAAUGUUAUGUACAACAUUUAACACUGACAUCUUAUCAUCCAAUUGGUACAUGUCGUAUAAGCAAUGUUGUUGAUAAAUCAUUCAGAGUUUAUAAUAUGAGAAAUUUGUACGUUGUGGAUGCAUCGAUUCUUCCAUCUCUACCAAGUGGAAAUAUCAAUGCGGCUGUGCUUAUGUUAGCGCAAAAAGCUGCCCAUAUUAUUAAAGAUGAAAGGACAGAAAAGAAAAAUAACAUCCAGAGACAGUAUACAUCAUACAUUUGUUAUGUAUUUAAUAUUUGUAUCGAUAAGUGAGAUAUAUGUAAAUACAAAAAUAAAGCCCUACGAGUAAAGUA